CUGACAAAGAGCCGUGACGUUACCUGUAGGAACCAAACAUUAUGGCUUUUUCGCGACGCUGAGCUCAGCAGUGCCCGGGAAAAUGAUGUGUAGACAAAAAGGAUGAUGACAAACAACAAGGUUGUGCCCCAGAACGGGCGUGCCGAUAUCUUAAAGAAUUCUCUGGGAUUCAAGUUCUUUGGUCAUGGCAGCUCGGACGGGACAGGCGAAACUCGCGGGGGCAGGUCCGCAGCGGUGCUCUCUGAGGAAUUCUCUGAGCGGCCGCUGCCACAGGCAUCCAGCUCGGAGUAUUUGCAGGAGAUAGCUGAAAUACACAGUCUCUGCCAGGCAGAGGACUUCCUCAUUGCGCGAGAGGAGGACCCGGGGUUCACAUUAUUACACUAUGUGGCUAUGCUGGGGCACACGACUCUGGCGGACGCUAUUCAAGCUGCGACGCCUGAGGCAAUGCACCGGUUUUCCCGCUUAGCCAGGUACCUCGUGCGGCGGAACCACGACGUCACAUACGUGGUGGACAAGUAUGGCUGCAUUCCGCUUCAGUGCGCCGCCGCUUACGGCAACAGCGAGAUGGUGGGGGUGCUGCUGGAGCCGUACGAUAACCCGGUGAACCGAAAGGACACCAACAAGCGGAACGAAUACCUCAACCACCAGGACACACAGAUCCGCUUCACGGCGUUGCACGGCGCGCUGCUGCACGGGCAGCACGAGGUGGCGGUGCUGCUGCUGGAGUCGGGCGCCAACCCGCAGAUCCUGGACAUCACACGAAACAAUGCGUUCCAGGUGGCUCCCUCGCUGGAGUCAUUGCAGGAGCUGCUGCGAAUUGUGGUGCAGCAUGAGGACGUGGUGCCGACGCCCGCGAUCGCCCAGCUCAUGAUUGAGGUGAUCAAGCAGCAGGAGGCGCGCGAGAAGAAGGACAAGGCAGAGCGAGCUAAGGCCGCGGCGGCGGCGGAGGCGGUGCGCGGUGGCAAGGAUGACGACGACAACCGCGCCAAGCAGGAGUGGGCCAAGGCGCUCAGCAGCAGCAACAUGGACUACACACAGCGCAUGCUGUUUGUGGCCAUCAACCAGCUGGUCAACAAAGUGUCCGUAGGGCCGGGCGGUGAGGGCGGCGGCGGCGAGGGCGGCGACGUGGCGGCGGCGGCGCGGAGCGCGGAGGCGGGCGGCGAGGUGGGCUCCAUCAUCAAGCGCUUGUUCAAGGAGCUGUACACCAAGGGCGAGGGCAAGUACGGCGACCUGUGGGAGUACGUGCAGGCCGCCGUGUCGUACAACAACUACAAGCUGAGCAAAAUCAUGCUGGACCUCAUCUCCGCCGAGUGCCCCAGGGCGCUGUCCUCCUGCAACUGGGAGGCCACCAUGGGGCCGCUCAUUGCUUGUUUCCCGGACCUCUUCCAUACGCUGCUCUGCAAGCUGCAGGACAUGUCGGACUCUGAGGUGGUGGGCUUCGUGCAGUCGCUGCGGCCCAAUUCGCUGCACUCGGUCUCUUCCAACGCCUACGCUUCCGUGUCGGCGCUGACGUACAUGUCCACCAGCAACGGCCAGGCACCCGGGGCGGGCCUGGGCGCGGCGGCAGGCGCGGGCGCGGGCGCGGGGGCGCCCUCUGGGCUCACGGGGCGGCAGUCGCUGUCGCUGGCUCGCGGCGCCAAGGGCGCGGCGCACCAGGGCAAGAUUCUCAUUUACCAGCAGCUAGUGGAGGGACUCAAAGCGGUCAACUACGUGGUGGUCAAGGCGUUCUUCGAGAAGGCAGACCAGCAUGUGCUGAACGAUAUGGCGCAGUACCCCAUCUUCAAGGACUUCGCCUCGCUCAUCGCCAACAAGCGCACGGCCGAGGGCUUCACCGAGUCAGACAGCGGCCGUUCGCGCCUCCUGGACUUGCUGCGGGAUGUGAAGCGCAACUCGCUGGCGGAGGAGCACUACCGCCCCCAGGCCGACAUCCUCAACCGGCACAGGGCGCUGUCCAUGAAGUUCCGCAACAGCGGCAAGUCCACCCACGGCGGCAACGCCUUCAACGGCAACGCGUCGCGCCGGUCGCGCGUGGGGCUGGACGCGGCGGCAGCCGCGAUCGCCGAGGACGAGGCCGCUGAUGGCGCCGGCAAGGACAUUGCCAAGGAGCGCAGCGCGCCGGCCGGCAUGAUGGUGGUACGCAAGCUCAGCAAUGAGCUGGCGGUGCAGACGCUGAACGUGGAGCGCGUGCUGUGGGCGGCGGUGGCGGCCCGAAAGAGCAUGAACGUGGACGCGGCGGUGAAGAGCAUCAUCAGCUGGGUGAACCUGAACAGCAAGGAUCGGCGAGCGGUGUUCGUGACGGGGAUAUCCACAGACCUGCUCAAGGAGCUGGCGCUGCGCUUUCCGUCGGGCUGCGCCAAGCUGCUCAACCUGGUGUCCCGCGACGUGCUGGAGCAGCUGGCCACGCUGCAAGUGAGCGCCAACCUGCUGCACCGCAAGGACCAGCUGGUCAAGUGCAGCGACGUGCGCAACCACUUCACCUGGCGCGCGCCUGAGCUGCAGCACCUGUCGGACGAGAAGGGCUACUCGGAGCACGUGGUGGACGCACUGGCGGACUAUGGCAUUCCCUUUGAGUGCACGUACAAGGCAGCGGUGGAGUGGGACACGAGCCGCGAGCACUUUGCGGUGCUGAUUGAGAACCACUUCACGGGCGCGGAGCUGAAGGAGCUCAUCUCCAACGGCAUCCUGCUCAGCCGCGUGGUGGACAUGAUUGCGCGCUGCGCCAAGCCGCCCGAGGACGUGCCCGGCUUCAAGGCGGAGCCUAUGACGCAGCUGAUCAAGGAGAUGCUUCGCGAGAAGCUGUCCUUCCGCAUCAUUGAGGCUAUCCUGGACGCCGGGUCCAUGAACGAGGCGACCGUGUACACCAACUUCCGCCCCGGCAACCCACUGUACAACAUCUACCCGCUCAAGCUGUACAAGCCGGUGUACACGCACCACUUCGUGCAGCUGCUGCUCACCAACUGGCGUAAGGGGACCAAGGACGCGCAGGGGCACUGGACGCUGCGGCCAUGGGACAAAAAGUUCAUCGACACAAUCUACGCGCCCAACGACCCGCUGUGUACGGCGCUCAAGUCGGCGUACGACAACAAGCUGAAGGACACGCAGGUUUACAUCGAGAACAGCCAGGCCAUGGAGGGCUGGGCCAAGAAGCAGCGGCAGAACCAGAACCUGGUGCUCAGCGCCUUUGUGUGCAACCCGCUGCUGCUGCACCGCUGGCCGGUGUUCGUGCUCAUGCAUAUCUUGCUGUACAUCCGGGAUACCGUCAAGGCCUGGUGGCGGCACGUGGGCUGGGAGUGGGACGCCUGGGGCGACCAGCACGGGCACAGCGUGGACGCACGUGCGCUGGUCAUCCCUUGGAAGGGCGUGGCGGACCUGGGCAGCGUGAAGGGCAUUUUAACUGGCCUUAUAGACGUUGAUGUGCCGGUGCGCUGGUUCGGCUUCGCUGCCGUCAAGGCCGCCAUCACUGUGCAGUGGCAGGAGUUUGGGCAGAUGCUGAUGCUGAUGAGCGCACUGGCGCACAUCAUCUUCAUGAGCCUCUUCGGCGGCUUCCUGCUGGUGAUGCGGAAUGCGGGCGAGCAGGAGAACGGCGACAUGUCCAAGGUGAACUCGCAGCCUGAGAUUAUGGCGCUGCUGGUGGUGCUGGGGCUCAUGAGCGUGGGCGGCCUGGCGGAGGAGGUGUCGCAGAUGAUGGAGCUGACGUGGCGCACGUGGCGCAACUACCUGGGCAACCUGGUGGACCUGGCGUCCUUUGCGCUGUUCAUGGUGCUGUUCGGCAUGGUGUGGGCCAGCUACACCUACGACGUCAUCCUGGCGGUGGGCGCCAUUGAGACGCUGGUGCUGUUUGUCCGCCUGGUGUUCUUCGCGUCCAUGACGGACUCUAUGGGCAGCCUGAUGCGCAUGGUGAUCGAGAUCAUCAAGGACAUGCGAUACUUUUUCGCGCUGCUGGCCAUGAUCUUCGGUGGCUUCGCCAUCGCGUUUGCCGUGCUACUGGGCGAGAGCAACACGUACGAGGCGGUGGCGUUCAAGCUGUUCAGCGUCAUGCUGGGCGACUGGCAGUACGACUACCUGCUGGACAUGAUCUACGUGGAGCACGCCUGGUACGUGUCGCGGCUUAGCGUGCUGAUGAUGAGCGCGUACGGCAUUCUGAUGCUGAUCGUGCUGGUCAACCUGCUGAUCGCAAUCAUGAACGACACCUACGACCGUAUCAAGGAGACGGAGGAGAUUGAGGUGUUGCAUAACCGCGCACGACUCAUUGUGGACCUGGAGUCGCUGCUCACCAAGGACAUGCGCGACAAGCUGCAGGAGCGGCUUCUGGGCGACUACCUGCACGUGCUGGUGCCGGCCGACAAGAAGUUCAACAAGUUCAUGGCCAGCAGCGAGUCCACCGACGGCGAGUGGAAGGGCCGCAUGCGCGCCUUCAUGGAGGCCAUCAAGCGCACCGUGGACCCGCAGCUGCGCGACAUACGCGACAAGAACGCCGCCGAGUUCAAGCUCAUCAACAGCGAGCUGGACUAUAUCCGGAAAUGGGUGGUGGAGCAGAAGCGGAUGAUGGGCCCGCUGCAUGGCGGCGACGACGAGGGCAUGCACGGCGGGCACGGCGGUGGCCACGAGCGGGCAGGCAGCAGCUUGGCACUGGGGCGGCGGUGACGUGGCCGCCAAGGGGUUGCUGAGUGUUUGGCGGCGUGGUCCGGGUGGGGGCAAUGCCGGCGGUCGUCACGAGACGAGGAUGUGCCUAGGUACAGGCGGCCUCCUGGUUGAUGACUCGUCUCCUUUCGCGCCACUUAUUGGCGCCGUGGUAUGUGUGCGAGCGCCAUUCAAAUCCAAUCCGUUGCGAACUCAACUAUUACUGAAUUGAUUGGGGGGUUGUGUCUUCUUAUAUACGUGCAAGCAUCCAACCACCUGGACAUGGUAUCGAGCUCUACCGUGUCUAGUCGUUUGACGGCGUAGACUGCUGCAAUAAGCAGCUUCGCUGAAGACGAUCUUGCUCACUUGGUGUGGUGUGGCUUGUCGUGGCUGCAUCAGUGACCAAAACAUCAAGAAAAUGGAGUGUGGCGGGCGUGGCAUCCGCGGCACUGGGGAAGUAUUGUAGCAUGUACGGCGAUGAGCACAGCGGUCACGUCUCCUUGCAGCACGUAUCACGCACGUGCAUGAAAGGCAAUGCUGUGAGUCACAUGAGCAUGUGGUAGCACUGAAGUGCAGCGACGAGGUGCGCGUGGAGGGUCGAUAGGUAUUGCGUGGGGCCGAGAUGAGGCAUUUGGUGUACACGCGCGUGACAGGUGUGGACGCAGGGGGCUCCAUGGGGUAGGCGGUUGGUCUAGUAGCCCCGCUAGCAGCAAUGCCACCUACCGUGUGGUGAAUCCUGCAAAGCGCACAUGAGGACCUGGCGGUCCAGUCUGUUUGGGACGCGGGACGCCAGGGUUCACUUAUGAAAGCCGCUGCGGGAAUGGGUACCUCCCACGGCGAGGCAGUGACCGAGGCUGACCUGCCUGCGUGCUGCGGUCAACCGCUGCUGGUCGGAAAGAUGCAGCAGGCGGCGCACUGCAAUUACGUUGCCGGAAUGUGUGAAUGCAGUGACUGUCGGCUCUGGAAUGGCGGCCAGUGUUGCUGCUGGUGUGUGGGUGCUACGAGAUACAUUUAGCAGCUGCGGAAUUGCGUCGAUCGACCGGCAUGGUUAAGUGGACUGGGAGAGAGUCUAAGGAGCCUGACAGAGUUACAGUAGCUGCCCAACCAGACGCUAACCGAACGGCAAUUCCCGGCUCUGUCCGUCGCGCCGUGCGUGUCACACGGGCAGGCCGACAAGCGCCAACUGUACUACAUUCGAACCGGCGCCCGUGGGCUGCUGCUUCUUGUUAUUCAUGCCAAUUC